GUUGUAAUCACGUGACAUUAUUUUCCUCCCUCACUUCCGCAUAGAUCCGGAGCAGAGGAGCGGAGUAUGGCGGCCGCUGCGGAGCGGCCCUCCUCUAAACUACCCGUUCACCGUUAACGACACCAGACCAGGACCUAACUAACUUAACUAACCAGCAGACUCACAGCCAGUGCAUCAUGGUGGAUGUAACCAAAUGGCCCCUCUUCAGCCUGAUGGGGCCUCAGGAGCUCUCCACCAUCCUGAAGGCCUGCGUGUUUGGAACGUCUGCUAACGAGGCCAUCUACAUCACCAGUGAUGAUGAGGUGUAUGUGUUUGGGUUGAACUGCAGUAACUGCCUGGGCACAGGGGACAGCCAGAGCACCGUGGUCCCCAAGAAGCUGGACUUCCUGAGUGGGAGGAAGGUGGUCAGCCUGAGCUACGGCAGCGGACCCCACGUCCUGCUGGCCACAGAGGACGGAGAGCUGUUUGCCUGGGGACAUAAUGGCUACAGCCAACUGGGAAAUGGGACAACCAACCAAGGAGUCACCCCAGUACUCGUGUCCGCCAACCUGCUCAAUAAGAAGGUCACAGAAGUGGCCUGUGGCUCUCACCACUCAAUGGCUCUGACUGACUCAGGAGAAGUGUACGCGUGGGGCUACAACAACUGUGGUCAGGUGGGCUCAGGCUCCACAGCGAACCAGCCCACCCCCCGCAGAGUGUCCAGCUGCCUGCAGAACAAGGUGGCUGUCAGUAUCGUCUGUGGUCAGACCUCGUCUCUGGCAGUGGUGGACAACGGAGAGGUGUACGGUUGGGGCUAUAACGGGAACGGUCAACUGGGACUGGGAAACAACGGGAACCAGCUCACUCCCUGUCGACUUGUGGCUCUGCAGGGUUUAUGUGUGCAACAGAUUGUCUCAGGCUACGCCCACUCCCUGGCACUGACCGAUGAGGGGCUGCUGUAUGCGUGGGGCGCCAACACAUACGGACAACUGGGCACCGGCAACAAGAGCAACCAGCUGAGCCCGGUUCAGAUCAUGACCGAGAAAGAGAGAAUCGUAGAGAUCGCUGCCUGUCACUCCACGCACACGUCUGCUGCCAAGACCCAGAGUGGUCAGGUGUUCAUGUGGGGCCAGUGCAGGGGCCAGUCUUUAGUGCUGCCUCACCUCACACACUUUACCUGCACUGACGAUGUGUUCGCCUGCUUCGCCACCCCCUCAGUCAUGUGGAAGCUUCUCUCCAUGGAGCACGAUGACUUCUUGACCGUGGCUCAGUCUCUGAAGAAAGAGUUUGACAACCCAGAGACGGCCGACCUCAAGUUCUGCGUCGACGGCAAAUACAUCUACGUCCACAAAGCAGUUCUCAAAAUCAGGUGUGAACACUUCAGAUCCAUGUUUCAGUCCCAUUGGAACGAAGACAUGAAGGAGGUGAUUGAAAUCGACCAGUUCUCCUACCCGGUGUACCGCUCCUUCCUGGAGUUCCUCUACACGGACAACGUGGAGUUGUCCCCUGAAGAUGCUAUUGGGCUGCUGGAUCUGGCGACAUCAUACUGUGAGAACCGCCUGAAACGACUUUGUCAACACAUCAUCAAGAGAGGGAUCACCGUGGAAAAUGCCUUCUCGCUGCUGUCGGCUGCUGUGCGCUAUGAUGCCGAGGACCUGGAGGAGUUCUGCUUUAAGUUCUGUGUGAAUCACCUGACCGAGGUCACCCAGACAACUGCUUUCUGGCAGAUCGACGGCAACUUGCUCAAGGAUUUCAUUUGUCGAGCGAGCCGCUGCGGAGCCUUCAAGAACUGACCUCAGCCCGAGGUAACGAUGGCAACAGACGGAGAGGGGGCUGUGGGAUUCUGGGAGUGAAUUCUCAAAGGACGUCAUCCCUUCUGUAACUCUGGCUCCAGAGUGGAGAUCUUUAGAUAAUCACCAUCGCUGUCAAAUCCGUUGUUCCUCUCAUUCCAGACUAGAAGCACUCUCCAUCAUAUGAGCUGCGCCCACUGACUUUAGAGGACAGAGCUGACAGAGCAGCGUGACAGCAGAGUCCAGAGCCACAGUGCCUGACUGCCUACCCACUUACACAUGUUGUGUAAAGGAAACACUAUUAUCGCUUGAUUAAGUUGUUUCUUUUGACUUGAGAUUUUUCUGCCAGUUUGCUACUUUACUAUUUCCAUUUUUCUGUUGAAUUGACCAAGACACUUGUUUAGGGUUUGCACUCGUAUUUUUUAAUAUGAUUAUGUUUUGCUUUACUUUAAGACCACAUAAUUAGUUUGGAUACAGCAUCUGGUAUCAUGGUUUUCAGGCUGAGGCUCUUUUGACGACUGGACACUGACAUAUCAAAUGAUACAUGAGUUUUUCUAGUCUUAUCAACCACUCAAAGCGCUUUACACUACAAGUCUCAGUCAUCCAUUUAUUUAGAAUGCAUAGAAUGCAGUGUAGGACCAGAGAAGCCGGGUAUCGAAGCACCGACCUUCUUGUUUACCUCCUGACUUGCUUCCGCAGCUGCGACACACGACUUUGAUCUUGUGUCUUGGUUGUCAUUUGACCCAAAGAUGGAAACUCGGGUUACAAGUGAGAUUCAGAGCAGUGUGAUUGAUCGAGGGCCUUAACACCCGACACUGAGCCAGCCCCAGGUGUCUGCACUAGUUUCAGACCAACACGAGUUGUCAUGUCCAGCACCCACGCUUAUUAAAUUAUAAAUGCACUUAUGCCCCUGCGAGCAGCCACGGGCGUUUUGGUCUUAAAAUGAGGUGGUCAGAGGCAACACAGCUGUUGUUUUAAGGCACAUUAUCAGGAGAGUAAACAUGCACUUGAUCUGCAAAGAAGCGUUUUCUCUUCCUACCAAUCCGACCCGCUUCACGUGCACCUGGCUUUGAGCGGAAAUGAGAAAUGACUCCGAUUGGUUUAUCGCCACGUUACGCUAAAAAACACACCCAUGAUUAAUAAUGUGAUUUAAAGGCAACACUUUUAAAUCACGUGAACCAAAGCGAAAGUGGAUUUGGACACUUCCUGCACACGCUGCAGACCAUGUGCUUAGGUUGUUCAAAUAGAGCCUCCAGUCUUUAACUGUGGAUUCCUCUUUAAAGUUAUGGAUUGCUUAGGUUGGAAAGUGUUAUUUUUGUGCAGCUAUUUAGUUUUUUUUAUAUUGCAACAAAACAAUAAGUGGCUGUUAACCUUUUACCAGCUGUAACAAAUGUAUGGAGCCAUUAAAUAUCUGUUGAAAGCAGACGGUGUUUUCAGAAGCUUCGGCUGAGCGGGACUUUGAAGACUCCGUCUGACAUCUACUGGAUGUUGGAUGCAUUAUUUUACAGUAUUCACAUUGUUUGGGGACAUUUGCAGUUUGGCACUACUGCUGUGGGUGUUUUAAGGAUUUGCUCAAUUCUAUGCAGGACAUUUCUCAUUUAAAAUCAAUAAUGUUUUAUUGAUUGAUACUGACUUAUGAGGUGCCAGUGACAUUUUGUGACCUGCUAGUAAAUAGAUAACAAGAA